AUUGGAGAAAGAGGCAGCAAGGGACAUUGCGGCGUGUGGGUGUGAGUUUCAUCUGCCAGAGCGCCUUCUCCCCUGAGCUGUGCCCUGCCGGGGGCGUUGGGGGGGGGGACGGACGGCUAGAGAGACAUUCUGGCCUCUCGGAGUGGGCGUGCGGUUCCGGUGCUCCCUGUCUUCGUCCUCGUGGCUGACUGUGCCAGAGAGCUCCUCGGGGAGGGCCCUAGCGUGAGGGCAGUUUCCCAGCGCCGGGGCCGCGGUGGACGCCAAUGCCGCUGUCUAGGACCUGCGCCCGCUCUGCGUCCCGAGGGCCCCGGCGCGAACGUCAGAACGCCGCCCCGUUCUUCGCUCUCAGCAGCCAGCCAGGGCCGCUGCCAGUUCCACUGUGGAGAGGAGGAAACCGGGCGCGAGCCUCACUUUCCUUUCCGCCCAAAAAGCUUUCUCAGUGAUUGCUGUAGUACCUGAGACUCUACCAUAGGAUCUUCCGCCUACAUUAAAGUAGUCGAUUUCUUCUUUAAAAUACUUUUUUAUUGGAGUAUAAGAUACAUACUGAAAAGUGUGCAAGUCAUAAUAUAGACAUUGAUGAAUUAUCACAAAGCGAGUAAACCUGUGUAGGAAGCAGGGCAUUCCUACCAUUCCAGAAGCCCUUCUUGUGGCCCCCACUUAGUCUCUCCAAAGAGUCUUGCUCUUGUCGCCCAGGUUGGAGUGCAAUGGCACGAUCUCAGCUCGCUUAAACUUCCUCCUCCCGGGUUCAAGCGAUUGUCCUGCUUCAGCCUCCCGAGAAGCUGGGAUUACAGGCGCCCGCCACCAUGCCCGGCUAAUUUUUGUAUUUUUAGCAGAGAUGGAGUUUCACCUUUUUGGUCAUGCUGGUCUCGAACUCCUGACCUCAUGGUCCGCCCACCUCGGCCUCCCCAAGUGAUGGGAUUACAGGCAUCAGCCACCGCUCCUGGCUCAGCUGAUCUUGCAUCUUUAAUGGAUAAAACAUUUGAGAGAAAGUUGCCUGUUAGUUCUUUAACAAUAUCACGGCUUAUAGACAACAUUUCCUCUCGGGAAGAGAUAGAUCAUGCAGAGUAUUACCUUUACAAAUUUCGACACAGCCCCAACUGCUGGUACCUAAGAAACUGGACUAUCCACACCUGGAUUAGGCAGUGUCUAAAAUAUGAUGCACAAGACAAAGCCUUAUAUACCCUUGUAAAUAAGGUUCAAUAUGGAAUUUUUCCAGAUAACUUUACAUUCAAUUUACUGAUGGAUUCUUUCAUAAAGAAAGAAAAUUACAAAGAUGCUUUAUCUGUGGUUUUUGAGGUCAUGAUGCAAGAAGCCUUUGAAGUGCCUUCCACCCAACUUCUCUCCCUCUAUGUUUUAUUUCAUUGUCUGGCAAAGAAGACAGACUUCAGUUGGGAAGAGGAGAGGAACUUUGGUGCAUCCCUAUUGCUUCCAGGCCUAAAACAAAAGAAUUCAGUGGGUUUCAGUUCCCAGUUGUAUGGCUAUGCACUUCUUGGGAAGGUGGAGUUGCAGCAAGGGCUGUGGGCUGUGUACCACAACAUGCCUCUGAUAUGGACACCAGGCUACCUUGACAGAGCCCUUCAAGUGAUGGAGAAAGUGGCUGCCUCGCCAGAAGACAUAAAGCUGUGUAGAGAAGCGCUCGAUGUGCUGGAUGCAGUGCUGAAGGCUCUGACUUCGGCUGAUGGGGCUUCAGAGGAGCAGUCCCAAAAUGAUGAAGACAACCAGGGGUCAGAAAAACUGGUGGAGCAGUUAGACAUCGAGGAAACAGAGCAGUCCAAGCUUCCUCAAUACCUGGAACGAUUUAAGGCCUUACAUUCUAAGCUUCAGGCUCUGGGCAAAAUUGAGUCAGAAAGUCUUUUAAGUCUGACCACCCAGCUUGUCAAGGAAAAUCUCUCCACCUGUGAAACAGAGGACAUCACCACCUAUGAGCAGAAUCUGCAGCAGUGGCAUCUAGACCGUGUACAGUUGAUCCAGAGAGAACAGCAGCAGAGGGAGCAAGCGAAGCAGGAGUACCAGGCUCAGAAAGCAGCAAAGGCAUCUGCCUAAUAGGGUCCCCCAGGGCCCCACCUCUCUCACAAGAACUUCACUCAACCCCAUGCCAGGACUCAGCAGUGGCCUGGACAACAGCCUCAGCUUCCUCUACCCAUCUUCUUUUCUUAAAGCAGGCUAUGUGCCCUACAUGGCAAGGCACCAUGACUGCCCAUCGAGAUCCCAAGAAGGGCUGUGGAACUAUGCAGGUGGCUAGUGGUCAGACUGAAGUCACCAGCUGAAUACCUUAAGGAGGACCUUGAGGCUCAUGAUGGAGUUCUUGGGGCACAGGGAUUAGUUAUGAGCAUUAAAGUUCCUAAGACCCAAUGACGGUACUGGGAGAAACCAAGGCUGAAGAGUCAGGUUGAAGCACAGGCUUUUGUUUUUUGUUGUUUUUGUUUUUUGAGACAGUCUCAUUCUGUCACCCAGGCUGGAGUGCAGUGGCGCGAUCUUGGCUCACUGCAACCUCCGACUCCCAGGUUCAAGCAAUUCUCCUGCCUCAGCCUCCCGAGUAGGUGGGAUUACAGGUGCGUACCACCACACCUGGCUAAUUUUUGUAUUUUUAGUAGAGACGGGGUUUCACCAUGUCAGUCAGGCUGGUCUCAACCUCUUGACCUCAAGUGAUCUGCCCGCCUCAGCCUCCCAAAGUGCUGGGAUGAUAGGCGUGAGCCACCGCGCCUGGCCAAGCACAGGCUUUUGAAUGGUCUCCCUCUCCCCAGCCCAGGUACAUGAGGCCAAGGUGAACUGUGCAUCCUGAGACCUUGUGUCCCUGAGUCUCCUUUCUGAGUGCAAGCUGCACUGUGAGCUCGCUGUGGGAUACUCACACAUUCCCACAUUCUCCUUUCUGCCACAUCUCGCCCUUCUGGACCUGCACUGGGAGAAAUUCAGGACAGGAGUGAACUCAAGGCCAUGAACUCACUGGAUUUCCAUUUUUAGGCACCCAUAGGGACAUUUUUAGGAUGUAAGUUUUUGAGGAGAAAGCUAGCUCUAGCAUGAAGCCUUUUGGAUUGGCUACUCCAUCGUGUUGUGGUAACAUUUUUUUUUCCAAUUUUUUUUUUCCAAAACAUCGUCUCAGCUCAUUUAUCAAGUAGUUAAAAUGAGCCUUUUUUGCAUACACAGAGGCACACAUGCGCGCGCACACAACUUGUGAACACACAUUUCUGUUGAAGUUAGAAAAGGAGAAAUGGGUUGGGGCUUGAAGUGCAUCAGAGGUAUGAAUGUUGUAAAACUGUCAGGAGAUGGAAAAUUCCUUUCUGAAGUUUCUCUUCUGUGAAAGGGGUCAGGGCAGAUUUUGCUUACUAUGUAGUGUUGCCCUUAAGUACAGUGGUGUAAUUUUAUUCAAGAUUGUGCUCUUCUGUCAAAAACCUCUGGAAAUAAAUGUUCUGGGAUCA